UGAAAGGGCAAGAUGGCGGAAACGUUGGAGACUUUGAUUGGUAGAGUGUAUUAUGUUGAAAUUUUGAGUUUCUUUUGGUCAAUCUCCCGAGUUUACUUACGGAAAAACUUUCUCCUAGAUAAAGCAACGGAUCCAUCGAAAACAAAGGAUGGAGUUGAUUACACAUCUCCAGUAUGUGACAGAAUUAAUCUAGAUCUAGAUGGGUAGGUCUUCCUGAAGUUUACCUUUAAAUUAAAUAUUCUAUAUAUUGUGACUGCCAAAUACUACUAACCCUAGUACGAUAUAACAUGCGCUUUUGUUAUUCGGUGAGAUGCAAAUAUGUAGACGAAACUAGAACAGGAGAUUCAGGCUGCGUGUUGUUUAUUACUCAAGAAACUAAAUUAAGUUUAUUGUUAACUUUUAGCUUUAAUUAAUAUUAAUUUAUUUUUUUGUUUCUAAAUAAAUAUUGUAUUGUAUUCUUUCUAAAUCUUUCCACGUAAAACAACAUGGCAGUCCACAAAUUGGGAUUCGUUACAUGGCAACAAAAGUAAAGAGUUCCCAUGAAGAGGAAGCAAUACUUGGCCUUAAUGUGAGUUUUACAAUCUGUAAAUAUCAUAACAUCCCUUACUGUGCUUUUCCAAAGAAACUCUGAGGUCCAAAAAAAAGCCAACAAUCUUGUUAGUCACCUCCUGCAGCUCUUUCAGCUGAUGAUCUAGGAAACAAUGGCACCUUACAUAUAUGCAAAAAGGUCAAAAGGUCAUGUUUUGGGUUAAGCUUGGAUUCAGGCCCCUCAAUGUGGAAAAAAGGGAAAAAAUCGGCAAGUAAAGGGAGCCAAGUGAUGGCCUAGGCCCAGUCUCUCCUUACUUUUUCUUUUCCUUGCCAUGUUCUCAUGAUUUUUAGCCCCCUUCCCCUAAAACAGAUAGCUUGCCCACAGGCUUGUUUAUAUCCUUAUUGUUAUAAUAAUAUUAUUAAUAUUAUAAUAAUAAUAAUUAUUAUUAUUAUCAUAAUCAAACCUGGCCCAGCAGUCAAGGAAAAUUAGUACUUGCUGCAUUUCUUUUAAUUUUGUGGUCAUUUAUGUAAAGUUUUAAUGAAGAAAAGCUUGUAAAACAAUGGCUCCAGCAAAGAAAAUUGUUCCAUUUGAAACAAGCAAUUCUCACCGCUUAAAAUGGAUCAGAUUACACAAGAAGAUAAGGAAAGCUUCAUUGAUAAAAAGAAUAGAAUCGCUUCUGUUGGAAAAUCUGAUGUUGGGAAAAAAAUUCUAACCAGCAAAGAAAAAAAUAACAAUAAAAGAAUUUCCAGCCUUACGGGAACAAAGAGCCAAAUAAGACAAUACUUUUUUUUUCGAAAGCCAGCCGAGUUUAUAACAAACUGAAAAUAAAAUACUGGUGUGCCAUACAUCGCAUGUCCUUGCCCCUUGAAAACAUUUCAAACAGUGCAGCAAAAAAUUCUAGUUUCAAUUGUGUAACAAAAUUGCCCCUGGAAAUUUUAAAAGAGACUUAAAAUGAUUAAACUGCUUAAAAUAUUUAAAUAUUUAUCUACAAAGUGAAACUGAAUCGACAGUAAUUUUUGUAGCUGGACUGGUAAGAGAAACAAUCACUCUGAUUUUUCCCCAAAAUAUGACCGUUAUUCAAGGGUACAGUUUGAGGGCAAGAGAUCGUUGUUCAUCUCUUCACCGAUUUCAGCCAAAGAUGAAAGUUGUUAAAUACACUCAGUAAUUUUCGUACAAUAUGGUGGAUUUACAUCUACACGCAAGAAACACGCGUGCAAUGCUGCAAAUUUCCUGAGGUCUGUACUUACAGAGGCAAUUUCACUUUACCAAUGAUUAUAAAAUAAUGUAUUACGCAAGACAAUUAAAAAGUAAUUCAGGCAACUCUCAAUGAAUUUACAAAGUAAACCAUAAAUUUUUAUGUAUAUUACCCUUUACUUCCUGUACCUUUUCAUCAGCUUAUUGAAGCCUGCGUACAAAACUGUGGCCAGCGAUUUCACACAGAAGUUGGAAAAUACAGAUUCUUGAAUGAGCUCAUCAAACUUAUUUCAUCCAAGGUAAUAAUAUUUCUGAUUACCACAUUAUUAUUUUGUAGUCGAAGGUGCUGUUUCUUGGGACAGUUUUACCAUGGUAAAUGAUCUGUUCAUUGUUGGAAAUUUUGUCUUAUUAGUGCAUGUGACCAGAUUUUCCAAAGUUUAUUUCCCCUAUGCUAAUGUUAUGGGUCAAAUUUGGUUUUAACCUACAUGUAGAUCAAUUCUUCAUUUUCUUUGUCUCCUGGUGCUAUUAAGAAGCAAAGGAAAUCAAGGAACAACCUAGGUUUAAUCAAAAUUAAUCAGAAGUCAAAUUUGACUAGUGUAACAUCUACAGAUAAUUAUUAAUAUCAGGGUGCAAAGAAAAUCAUUUUUACAGCUUGCCAUUUGGGCAAGCUGAAGGUAACAUGUAUUUACUAGCCCAGACGUCAUUUCAACUAGCCCCAGAAGCUUUUUGAAAAGCAGAAUUGAUUUCAUAGUUCUUCUGUUAUUUGAAUCCCUCAAAAAAGAUCUCUUGCCCAUCAGACAAGUUAAAAACAGAAUUCACUAGCCAGAUAGCAAAAUUCACUAGCCCCAGGCUAUCAGACACUACUUUCUUUGCAUGCUGAAUAUCAAAAAAUAAUACAACAAAGUGGCUAUGAUCUUUAAUGGGUAAGAAGCUAGGGGCUGUCACAACCCAUGGAUGGCAAGAAAACCUAUCUUAAUGCUUGAUUGUUUGACAGCAACACAAAACUAUCAUGUACAAAUGAAAGAAAAUUGUUUAUUUUUAACUGUUUAGAUCUCGUACUGUCAUAAGAGAGAGAUCACUGUUAUGUCCAGGGUUUUCAAUAACAAUUUAUGGAAGUAGCCAGCGGGUUUGAAUAGAGUAACUGACUGUAGCUGUUAGUCCCCUUCUUUUAAGGAGGUCUGGAGGCAUGCUCUGUCAGAAAAUUUAGGAAUUUGAAAGCCCUUAAUUGCGAUUUCCAGUUUUGAGGGGACUAAAUUGAGUACAGAUAAGUGUGUUUUUCAUUCAAGAAAAUAUACAUGUAGCUUUCAUGCAGGUUUCACAUCCACACAAUCAAUUCUUACAAGCAGUGGACAAAUGUCAAUAAUUAUUCAAAACUAAGAACAUUCGCACAUAUAAUGAAAGUAUCAGGUAUAUUUUAAGGUGAAAUUGCACCUGGUUUGCAAGUUUGCUGGCUGCUGACAGAUUCUCCAUGAAUAAUUCACUAUAACCAUAUUAUCUUGAAUGUAUUAGCCAUUUACCCUCUGAUUGCCAGUCUCUUUUUAUGUUGAUCCCAGUAUGAUGGAGACUGGACACCUGAUGCAGUUAAAAAACGUAUUAUAGAACUGAUGUACAGUUGGACGGUAGGAUUACCAAAAGAAACGAAAAUUAUAGAGGCUUAUAAAAUGCUAAAACAGACAGGUACAGUAACUAUUAUAUCAAGAAAUAUGAUCAUGUACUUUGCUGUAGAUUGAUUGAGUUUACAUUGUAUUUAUGUUUUUAUAUGUUAUAAUUCACAAAGGUUUCUCUGUAGAUUUAUGUGCUUUGUACCAUUCUCUUAAAGUAAUAUUUAUUUAGUUUUUUUAUCUUAAAAAUGAUGAAGUGAUAUGUAAAGUUAAUACUUCCAUCAAUUUGACUGCACUAUCAAGUGGAAUGAAAUAAAAGAAAACAAUCUUGACAGCUUUGACCCUGACUCAUACCCAGUUGUCUUUUGUCCUUUGUGGGCUGUAACAGAACAACAGAUCCCUUCAAAACCUCAACCAUCCCCCCCCCCCCUGCCACCACCUUCCCACACAUGCAGCUUGCAUGCGCUUUCCUCAUUUAUUUAAGAGAGACACGGGGGAUGACUGGGGAAGAGUCAGGCUUAAUGACCUGCCUUGCUGAAGUGUCGUCACAGCUGUUUGUCCACACAACAAGAAUUUGCAAGGUCAGUUACGGGGUCAUGCACUAAAAUGAACUUCAAAAAACAAAUUGGUGUUCAGGUGUCGCCCUUUAAUUCCUAAACUGACUGGAUAUACAUGGGUAAUCAUACAUCAUGAAUAAAGAAAAACUUAAAUAAUAAUUGCAUUUCCCAAGGACAAAAGAGUGUCCCCAAUCAUGCUUCAUGAAAAAAGUAUAGGGGACAUUCCUUGCUUUCUCUACAGUUUAAUUUGCCAUGAUUGUUAUUUUUGCAGGAAUUGUUACAACGGACCCUCAAGAUCCCUAUGCGAAGCCUGUAGUACGUAUUGACUAUAGUGCUGUUGAUGUUGUUAUCUUAGUUAUUAAUUUAUUUGUGUAGUACGGUAUCCCCUAAUUGGAAGGUAAAGGGUAGUUGAAAGUAUACUGUAGUUAUACAGUGAUAAAAGUUUUGAAUUUUAUAUACAGGCUGUAUAGCACCAUGCACUGACCUUGAGGGAGAUAAAAUAUUACCUCCCGAAACUGUCGUGAAACAGAACACCAUAAUAUUAACUCGUGCCCUAAAACAAUGAAUAUUAUACAACUAUCCCCCAAAGGGGAGAUGAAUAGUGGUGGCUAUACACCGAGACGCGAAGCGUCAAGGUACAUAUUUAGUGCUGUUCAUCGACCCUGAGGGGAGUAGUUGUUUUAGUAUUUACCAAGUCAGUUGGAGAAAAAUGGAAAAAGUAACUUUUUGUAAAUUAAAAAUGUCACUUUGUAGGAACUUUGUUUACAAUUUACAAUGAUGAAUUAUUUUGAUUAUGGUUUUAUGUGAUAUUUCUUAUUGAUUCGAUUACAUAACACUGAAUAAAAAUAUGUGUAAACUUUUGUUGACAUUUGUAUUAAUAUUAUUGUAUUGCCUGCAGCAUGCAACUUAACUUGCCCGAUGCAAAGUGAAUUUUUUGGGAAAUUUAAAUGACAGAACAUCUGUAAUCAACCCUGCUCCUCAAUUUUUUUUGGCUAAUUAAAAUGACUGUUGGGUUAGUACAUGUUAUAGCUGCAGCUUGCCCAAAUGGCAAGCUGUAAAAUUGAAUUUCUUCACACCCUGAUAACUGGUAUUAAAUAGUUUAUUAUUUUUUGUUUUUUACUAGUCUAAUGUUUAAACUGAGGUUGCAGGGAGCAUUUUCAUUUUUAGUAAUAUUAUUUGUCAGGAUUUCUUUUUAUUGGCAGUUGAUUUACAGAAACUUUCACACUCUUUCACAUCUCAUCAAUACAAUAAUAUUCUUACUACUUUAUUUACACAUGUGAUCUUUAAAAACCUAACAUGAAAUGCUCAUUAUUUUAAGUUAGUAUAAGUUAAGAAAAAUACGCUGGUCAGAAAUAAUGAUUUUAUGAUACAUGUGACAAUUUUGUUGAUAGGAUCCACCACCUGAAAGACCCAAAGAUACAAUAUUUGAGGAUGAAGAAAAAUCAAAGGUUAGCUUUUUUGAAUGGUAUAACUUGAUAUGUUUUUUUGAUAAGAUACAUGUAAAUCCUGUUAUCUUUUGGGUAUGUAUAAUUAUGUAAAAAGUUAUAAAUAUUUUUAUAGCUUGGGAUUUGAAUGAUUAUGCUAUUAAAGGAAUACAGUUUAGGUUAUAUUCCUUAGGAAUAUCUGGCAGAUUUUUGCUGACCUGCCUAUUAACAUAAGUUUAUUCAUCUACCAAAAUAUGCAUGCAUGACUGUUAACUAAGUUGUUUUCAUUUGUACAUUUGUACAUUGUUUAUUUAGCUUCUGUCUCGGCUGUUGAAGAGUUCACAUCCAGAAGAUUUACAAGCUGCAAACAGACUAAUUAAGACCAUGGUCAGACAGGUAACAAGGGAAGAUUAUUUCCUCUAGGGGUGGAUGGACUUUCACACAAAAGUGACAGGGAUGCUUGUCUGAAAACUAAAAUUAAACCCCUAAGGUAGACUUAUGUGGGUGUGGCUAAAGCUUAAAUUGACCUCUAAAGGACACCAUACUAAGACAGCCAUCUAACUAAGAGCAAGAGUGUUUUUUCUUGUGCUAAAGAUGUUGGCAUAGAACGCAUUCAUCUAUGAUAAGAUUUCAUCAGCGUUGUAAAUUUCUUUACACGUAACCCUAAGUGAUACACAGAGAAAAUUGAGAAUCAACCUAGCUUUAAAAGAUUUUAACCUUAAUUUAAUUUUGACUUGUGACAUAUCCAUGUUUUUAAGACAUGGGGGUGGUUGAUACCAAUCGGACACAAAACAAGACAAAAAAGCACUUGCCUAGUUGUUGCUAAAGUUUAUAAUCCCAGAGCAGCUCAUGUACUAGGACAACCAACUCCUUUUUCAUGAACAUCAAUUUUACCCUAUUUUCUUUGGCAAAUUAAUGUUGCUUACCUUUAGGACAACAUGCAAUUGAAGCAGGAUAGCUUGACAUGACAGGUUGCUCUACCAGCACCAGGCUAUUGAACAGGACUUUUGUUGCACACUGAUGAAGCAAUAAACCAAACUUUUGAGUGAAAUAAUCUGUGUUUCUCAUAAAUUAAAUUGGAUUACUUCCUGGAACUAGUGAACUGCCUUAGAUUGUAAAUUUUAUGAAUACUUCUACAAUUUGAGUAUUGUUCUAGAUGUGUUAUCCUGUGAAAUAAUAUGUGAUCUGUUGUAUUCAUUUUGAUAAGGAUGAAAUGAAGAUAGAACGGCAAGUGAAAAGAAACACAGAAGUAGACACAUGCUGUAAUAACAUCAAACUGUUAACAGAGAUGUUGAACCACUACAGCCCGAGCUCUCCUGCCCAGGACAAAGAGUUGAUGAAGGUAAAGGAGCAUAAUCUUCAUGGUCCAGUGAACUUGUAAUAAUUUAACAGGCUGAAUUAUAAGCUUCACGCUCAGUUUACACACUAAUAGGGACUUCAAGCUAAUCGCUAUGGUGACCUCUUAUAUGACUAUGGCAGUCAUGGACGUGGAGUCCUGGGGAGAGUACGGUACUGUAGCCUGCCAAAUUUCAACUUUAAACAAGCAGUGUCCAAACAGUGACUAUGAGGUUUCUUGCUCAUUUGCUUUUAUUGUCAGUAAAAUGUAGGGAAGACGUUAUUACGGAAAACUGGAAGCGUCAAAUAUUGUCUUGAUAAAAUGAAAAAGAACCUAUGAUAGGUUUUAAACCAGUGAUUGUAAAAAUAGGAAAAAAGUCGACUUAUACCCACAUUAGUAGCUACUGCACCACAAGACUGACAGGUUUUCACAUUAUAGGAUUUGGCACUACGGCGAACUGUCAUUUCCAAGCAUGUGCACUGCGUUAUUUUAGGGCUUUAAUAGAGGUCGCCAUAGUGAUUUGCCUAAAAGCCCUGAUAUUUAUCUCCUACUUACAGACAUUAGCAAACCAUGCCAGCUGCUCUUUGUGAUAUGCUUCUUAGUUAAAUUGCUGCUCUUUGUGAAUUUAUGCAUCUAAAUAAAAUUGCAUUUAACUGCAUUUAAUUUAUGAAGAUGAUGUGAACUACAGAAAUACAAAUUUUGAAUGGAGACAUGAUUGUCACGGUGGGUAUUGCACUUUAAGCAAUUGCAAAUACCCCCAAUUUUUUUUCGGGACUUCAACAGGAUUCAGACCCAUGGCCUCUGCAUUUAUGCUGCAGUUUUCUACCAUUUGAGCUAUGAAGACCCAUUCAUUGGGAGAAGGCCAUUUUGUUGAGUUCGUCUUAACCCGUGAAAGGAAUGAAACAUGAAACAUGCAUUUAAUUUAAUCCUCAGCUUUUGAGGCUGUUUGCUUUGUAUACUGGACUUCUGCUCUUGUUAUAAUGACUUUGUAUACAUAUUGUUGUUUAAUUGAUAGGAGCUUUAUGAUGCCUGUGAUAAGAUGAGACCACAGCUGUUUAGAUUAGCAAGUUCAGCAACAGAAGAUGGUGAUGAGGGGCUAGGUCAGAUAAAUCAACUUUGAAAAGCUCCUUUUGUUCUAAUCAGAUAUAAAGAUAUUUUUAGAUGAUUUAGGAUCUGUACUUCUCCUGGGUUGUCUAGAAAAUACCUGGAAAGUCAGAAUUUUCUUCCAAUGCUCUACUGUAGAAAACAGCAGUUGGAUAUUUCUCCUUAUUUACAUGCAUCCUCCUUUGAUUGUUUCAUUUAGAAAUGAGUUAAUUUCCAUGAAAUAACUAAAAAGCACCUCAUAGCGUUUAGUUGAUUAUGACUAAUCUGUGUCUUAGGCCCGGUUUAAACAUUGCAUUUCACAUGUGCUGAAUCAAAUUUAAUGCUUGUGUGGAAAAUCUAUGGUUCUUGCUCAUUUGCAUUAGAUUCAGCACAAGUGCAUGCAACAGUUGAACUGGGCCAGGUUGUUAAAAGUAGGGUUAAGAUAACCUAGGGGUAGAGCGAAAUUUGAAUCAGAUAUGAAAGCCUAAACAGCAAAUUCAGUUAUAUUCUUAGUCUACAAUUUGAUCAUUGGAUGCUCUAAAAAGAAUAUAGAAAGUUAUCUGGGAAAAUGCUUUUUGAACAAAAGAAAAAGAAACCCAGGUUAAAAUUUAAUCCUAGGUUAGCGUUAAUGGCCUUCGAACAACUAGGCCCUGGGCGUUAAAAUUUUCUGAUUCAUUUCUGGAAAACUCUUGGAAUUUUGCUUUCUGUGGGAAGAACCAACCCUGGGCUACGGCGUUAGUCAUGGCGGGUGUCUUUCAUAGCUCCGUUAUUAUUGGCAAAAAAGUUUUCCUGUGUAGACAUAAGCACUUAAUAUGUUGGCGUAUUCUGUUCUUGAUGUCUACAUAUUAAAUUGUAACAAUACAAGACUAGUAUCUAACUCGGAAACCUAACGGUUUAUUUAGAUGCUAGGUAUUUCCUUACCUGUAAAUUAUGUAUUUUUAGUUUUACAAAUAUUAUAUUGCAUGUAACAUGCAACAUAAAACUACCUUGCCUAAAGCGAAAUGUGAAUAAAGCUUGUUGUUGUUGUUUGUUGUUUGUUGGUAGUUGAAUGCAGCAAAUCAAAUUUAAUGCAUGUUUUUUUUUUCUUAUGAAACACAAAGAACUAACUAUGACUGUUGUGCUCACUUUUUCAGCUGAAAUCCUACGGGUAAAUGAUGAUCUAUCAAGAGUGUUAGAGUACUACCGAAAGAUAUUUGGAUUAGCCCCUGGCGUGUCCGCUAGGACUGAACCAACACCUCCUCCAACAACUCAGACUGCAGAUGUACAAGAGUUGUCACCAGGACCUGCGUCCACACUUAUUGAUUUAGGUUUAGGAGGUCAGACAGCUGAGUCAGCAGAAACACCUGCUUCUAGUGUACUGGAAAACGAACUUAAGGCCCUUGGUAAGUAUUGCGGUAUUUAUGUCAAUCACGGUUGUCGCGUAACGAGAAGAGAAGCGUGACAGCACAAAUAAUCGAAUUUAUGAAAUUGUGGGAUUGGUUAGUAAAUUCAGAAAGAACAAGAUGAAAAAAGCGUCCUCAGUCUGUAAGUGCAAAUUGGCAAUGUGCUGAUGACCCCAGACAAAUCCUUCUAAAAUUGGCUUGGUACUUAACGUUUACGGUACAUGCCUAUUUUAGAAAGAUUCAUAUGGAGUCAUCAGAGGAUAACUUUGCUAGGGAAAAAGGGAAAUGUGGCCGAAAAUUUGCCCUCUUUUUGGUGUUAUCACUGUAUUUGUGUACUGAUCAAUAACAAAUGUUCAUGCAAUUGGUCUUCUUCCUGGAGUUCAGUUUGCGCAAACACACCUUUAAAGGUUGUCUCUGCCGUCUUAAUAUCUCUUUCAAAAUUUACCCAUAUAUUUUGAGUACAACAAAGUGUACACUAAAUUUUAAACCUCUUUUUUUACGCUUGUUAUUUGAUUUAUUGGUACUACUUGAUAAUUGUAACAUUUUUUUUUCAGGGCUUCAUGACCUUGAUGCUCCACCUGCACCCUCCACCGUGCAUUUGCCAAUCCAGGUACAGUUUUUUUGAGAUCCAUCAAUCACAAGAUACAAUACAUGUAUUUCAUUCAGUUUGUACUUCGUAUGUAAAAAUGAGGGAUAGCCUCGAAAGUCCCGGUAAUCAAAUAUUCAAAUCAAAAUCUAAAAAAUGAGAAGGUGGGUGCUACAUGAAGCUAACAAACCAGUCCAUUUUGUUGCAUGUUAUAUGCAAAACUAUUGAAAGACUGCUUGAUCUUGAAUAAAAACAACAGUUACAGCUUUCCGGGCCCGUUAAUUAUUGGGACUUUCGAGAAUCAGGCCCCAGUUUCGUAAGGAGCCCUAAAUUCACUUUUAUGCUGUGUGUAAAAUUACCACAGGGAGCUCAACAACCAGCCAGUAUGGGACCUUGGGGAGCACCAGCUCAGAAUUUUGGCAUGGGCCCAACGAAUAUGUCUUCAACAGUAGGCGUGGUCCGACCCAUGGGUCAAUACCAAACACCCGGUGUGGGCCCGCCUGCUUAUAUGGCAACAGGACAAAUGCCUAGAAUACCUUUUCAAACGAUGGGACUGGGAGCAAUGUCAAUGCCACCCAGACCAGGUCCAAUGAGCAUGGGCUCGAGUAGCCUCACCAUGGCAACCACUGGGUCCGGAGGCCGAGGAACAGUGAACAGGAAAGGAAAAGAGCCAACAAAGCCUCCAAGUGCUCUGGACCUUCUGGGUCAGGAAAUGCUGCAGACACAGAAACAACAACAGAAACAGAAACAGACUGUAACACCAUUACAGGAAAAAGCAGCACCCGAGCAGCAGCAGCAGCAGCAGGUUACAGGCCCGUCAACAGACAGCUUACUAUCACUUGGGCUUGAGCCAAGUCCUGCAUUAUCACCACAGCCUGCUGGUUUACUUAAUUUAAGUUCCAAUUCACCUGCAAGCUUCGUUUCUGUCACAUCACCACCUAAACCAACUGUACCAGCCGCCCUGGACAAUGUAUUUGUGCCUUUAGAUACCAUAAAACCAGGUAAACAGUCUGAAUGGUCGGUUAUUUAAACGAAGUCUAACUGGCCAGUCUAACUUAAAGCCGCGGUUUAACAAACCUUUAGACCUGCAGAUUUUUUCCUUAGUGAGCUAUUGCUUGUCUAGGCUACUCCAAAAGCUUUCAUAAAACUGGUGUUUAGAUAAAACCGUUAGACUAAUUGAAAAUGGCUAACGACGCGGUUUUGUUAACCACUGGCGAAAUUACGUUGAAAUAACUGCCCCUAAGCCUCUAUUCAUAUCAUUGCUUUGGAUUUCCAGACUGGAAUUAUUUAAAAUAGUGACUUUCUUGAACAAUGUGUUUACCUAGUGAAACUUUUUAUCCGCCAGUCGGAGAAUAGACUUCAAAACAGCCUCACUUUUGUCAGAUAAAGUCAAGCAAGCGAAAAACACGAGUGCACAGGACACCACUUCCUGUGAAAAUACGUCAAACGUGAAAAAUCGACACAAGCUAGUUUCCCCGCUAAACGUAUCCGUAAUACAGAGAGAGUGUUCUGCUUGAAUUAACCAUUCCGAAAGCUGAGGAAGACAGAAUGAUAAUCUGUUCCCUUUGCUUUACGUGGUUGCUCGUCUAAUGGAAAUGAUAUGGCUAAAAAUCGAGAGAUGUCGUUCGUGUACUUUGCGCACAUGCGUGUUUCAGUAAACUGGCACCACAUUCCUUCGUUCGGCCAGGGCCUUUGUUUUUAAUGCGUUGAUAGUGUUCGCUAGUAAUUAUUUUAAUCAUACAUUUCUCCGAUUUUGUACUUUAUGGAUUCGCUGUCAUUUUGAACGUGGAAUGAGAUAAAAUUUUAUAGUUCAGCCGGAAGAAUCAAGCCAUAACGCUUUUCCUUUUCAUUUCUUUAGGAAGCCAUCCACCACUAACAAUUCUUGACAAGAACGGUAUCAGAAUAAUUUUCCAUUUUGCAAACGUAAGUCCUGGUGGUGUGAGCGAUGUCCUGUUGUGCGCGGCGAUGAAUGUUUUAUAUUGUAUGCAUUCAGUACAAAUUAUUAACUCUAUAGUGCGAGUCUUAAGGGAGUAACGCAAGCAACAAAUCAUCAUCAUCAUCUGUAACAUUAACGUCAUUUGUUAGUACAGCCAUCACAAAAACGCAUCGGUUAUCAUCUAUCCCGGGAUCAGGCUCCUUUGGUGGAGGAAAAAGGGAAAACAUCGCGAGCGAGCCGUCUUCUCACGAAUUUUUACCCCCCACUUUCCUUACAGGGAGAGCUAGUUCACAGGCCACUCAUCAUCAUUAUCAUCAUCACCACCACCACCACCACCACCAUCAUUAUCAGGGUAACUCAUCGGCUAGCCCUUCUAGUCAGACUAUUAAUUUACUUAACACUUUGACAAUUUGUUCCGCUUAAUUUACAGACAAGUGCAGAGUUAAAUAGGAAUGAUCUAAUGAUAGUUGUCAUAUCCACCAUGAGUUCGCUGUCUUCAGCGGUUAAAAAUUUUAUCUUCCAAGCUGCAGUACCAAAGGUAAGAGGAUAAGAGGUUUCUCUCGAGCAUUAUGUCUUUUCUCUGUUUAUAAACCUUUGCUGAUGGGGCGGGGCAGGGUAGGGUGCACUUAUUAGCUGCUUUGGCCGAAGGAAAAGGGAGCUUAUUCGGAAAAAGUGAGCUCAGUGAAAUUUGAGAGCCUUUUGGAUGAAAAACAGUAUGUCCAUGUUUUCCAUUUUCUUGUUUUCGUAUUUGUAUUUUUUGUACUUAUCAGCUUCCUUUCCGGGCCUCUGUGAUUAGCGUAUACCCGUGUUUUCACCUUCAUUUACUUUUUGCGGGGGAGCAAGGCUGGCGCAGUGGUGAGAGCACCCGCCUCCUACCAGUGUGGCCCGAGUUCAAAUCCCGGCGUCGACGCCAUAUGUGGGUUGAGUUUGUUGAUGGUUCUCUCCCUUGCUCCAAGAGGUUUUUCUCCGGGUACUCCGGUUUUCCGCUCUCCUUAAAAACCGACACUUCCAAAUUCCAAUUUGAUCUGAAACGCACGGACACGUUUCAACGAGUUCUUAAGAACUCCUAAGUGCUCCGUGGGCAAACAAAUUACAAUUUUGUUUUACCUCAAAUCUCUUUGACCGGCCCCAUUUGUGGAAAAUGGGUCACCGGCAAGGUUCCAGUACUCGCACGAAGAGUACAUAUGAAUUUCGGACGUUAUUGUGGGGUCUUGCUUUGUUUUGCAGACGAUGAGAGUGAAGCUUCAGCCUCCAUCAGGGAGUGAGUUACCGGGUUAUAACCCCAUCCUUCCUCCUUCAGCCAUCACUCAAGUCAUGCUGAUAGCUAACCCCGCAAAGGUAAGCUCUGUCAUUGCUAAACUGCUGAGUGGAUAAUCCUUCUGAGCGUGCGUAAGGCAUCAUUCCUUUUUUCCUUUGAGGUACAAUCUUUCCCUUGUUGAUGAUUUAAAUUGCGAAAGGUUUCUGACAGCGGUUUUUGGCCUCUACUUGUUUGUUUUGUUUUGUUUUGCUACGGAGUACCAAGAAACAAAAUCUGACCAGUGUACUUAAGUUUACUAAAACGUGUUUUCGUGACGUUAUUGCUUUAUUAAGAUGUGUAAAGGUCUAUGAAUGAAUUCUCUUAACAUACGAAUGGGUGCUUAAACUCAUGGAUACAUUUUUGGGCAAUUGAUAUAACUAAGUUUGCGCUAAAGAGGGUAAAUUCAAAAUAGCUUGUAAUCACCAGGAACUGAAAUUCGCGCUCAGACUAAAUGUUGUAAAAAUAUAGCUAUUCAUGUGUUUGAGGCUAAGAAUCGUAAAUGUUAAUUCUAGUAAAAUUGUUUCUAUAUCACAGGAAAAGAUCAGAUUGAAAUAUAAAGUUAGCUACGAAGUGGACAGCGUCCCAAACACAGAAACCGGAGAAGUGGACAGUUUUCCCAAUAUCCAGGAAUAACAGAUAAUUACCCGCCGGCGUCUACCAUUACUGAAAAUUAAGGUGCGGAUUUUAAUUAGCGGCUGGGUUUCAGGAGGUGGUUUCUGCUUGCGUUGAAUAACACUUUCUAUUUAAAUUAAAGAGAACGAUUUUAGUUAAGAUGUAAUUAUUACUGAAAUUGAUAUAUUGUCUUUAAGGCCUAGCCUAUUUUCAAGUAGUUUUCCUCGUGUCAUUUGGUACCUAUGAUCUGAGGCGAAUCACUGAAUUUGCUUCACCGAAGAAGAUACUUUAUUCUCCAAGAUACGAAUCAUUUUGUCAUCAUAAACUCCCAAUCAGUUAAUAUUUCAUCUUUGAUUCAUAAAGUAGCUAGUUGUCGUUUCAGUGGGAAGGUUUAUUAUAUGGCUGAUUCCGCAGCGGCAAGAUGCAGUGAGUUCUGUGCCCUGAUUGGCCCAUCUUGCUCGCUGGGGAUUUCCCGCGUUGGUCCCUCAAGAGAAAGUUCUCUUUUUGGCCGUAUGAUGAAUAGAGGAUAUUACAUGGCCGCGCGGAGCGCGAACGAGUGAAAUAUUUUUCAACACGAGAAGAGAAAUUUCGUAUCUCCAAGCGGCCAUGUAAUGAUCUCUUUAUUAUGUAAACACCAAUGAAAUGCUAAACCAUUUCACUUAAAUAUUUUUUUUGCUGCGAAAGGCGCGAUUUAUUGUGAAGCCAUAGCAACGGUGAUCUUUUCACAUGUGAAAAUAACGUGUGAAGAUUUCAUGUUUUCACGCGAAAGCCCACCUGGUAUUUCAUUGGUGUUUAUAUAUAGAGGAUAUUACACGGUGGCGCGAAGAUAUGAAUUUUAUUUUCGAGUGGCAAAACAAUAUUUUACGAACGAGCCCAGCGAGUGAGUAAAAUAUUGUUUUUGCCACUCGAAAAUAAAAUUCGUAUCUUCAAGCUGCUGUGUAAUGUUCUUUUUAUUAUAUAGACAAAAACACAUCGUUAAAAUAAUAGAUUUUUAAUCGCCAAAAAGUAAUUGUGUCAGACGGCUCAAAUUUACAGUACAGCGAUAUAAGACAUUGUUUACAAUAAUAUUGAGAAAUAACACUGAGCUGAAUAGUGCUCUACAAUGACAAAAUAUAAGCAAAACUUUGAAAAAUGUGUACGUAAAAUUCCAAAAAAUGAUACGUAAUAAAAUUUGUGAGGGAAAUUACCGAAAUUACGUCAUCAAUAAACUCACGUGUGAGAUUAUGGAAAAUAAACCACUCGGGUCCCGGAUGUAGUUUUUUGUGAAUGUUACGAGUGGUAUAUUUUCCAGUAAAACACUCGUGUCUAUAUAAUAAAAUAAGUUCUUGUUCGGUUAAGAUGGCUGGAUGUUGAUCUUGUUCUUUUUUGCACUGGAAAAAUCUCAUAAUACGCGUUAAUACUGAAAAGAAAAGUAAUAACAACAGCAAAAAACAAAACCCGAAGCUAAUAAGUUGAACAUACGUUGGUACUUCCAAGAGGUUUCAUUUGAACAUAACGACGUAAUUCACACGAUUCUUUCUUCUCUGAGGUAUCUUGCGAAUAAAGCCUCAGUUCUCUUCAGCGACGGGAGGCGAUAUGAGGCUGCUUCGGCGGUACUGAUGAUGAUAUAUUCGCAGGAUACCUCAGACAUAUGCUCUAAUAUAGCCGCCUCCUCCUCAGGCAUUUCGCUUUCUGCAUGGUUUCGCAUAGAGACGAGCGCGAAACGCGAGUGACUGGUGACGAAGCGCAAGGGACCAUCGAGAGAGAGACGUCUGGGUGGGUACGAUGCAGUACUCAAAUACAUUUCUUCGCAGUUAUCGAAGGGAAUGACAACCUUCUUGAGCUCAUUUUCCAUUUUUAAGUGCUUGAAUCAUCGAUAUGUUUAAAA